AGAGUAGCGUGGUUCACACCAAACAUGGCAGAAGGUGUAGAGGACGCCCCCAUGGAUGUGGAUGAACAGUCUCCCCAGGGACACAGCAGGAGGAGAACAGUCAUCCAGUCCACAUCCUCCCAACAGUCAGCACUGGAACCUCCUGAUGUCAUCUCUGUGGAGGAGACUGAUGAUGAUGAGGAUGAUGAAGAUGGAGGGAGUGCUGGUGAACGGUCCAUUGAACUUGUGAGAGACAGUGACAGUGAUGUGAUAGAGUUAGAUGGGGGAGAGGAGGAGGGGGAACAUGAUGAGGAUGAUGAGGAUGAGACUGAUGUUGAGGAGGAUACAGAUGCUGAGUCAGAUGCUGGCGCAAGAGAAGGGGACACACAGCAAUUAGACAACCCAGCUACAGCUGGCGCUGCUACAGGGGUCCAAGUUACAGGGAGGCAAGCUACAACGUCAGCAGCUGUACCUGGAACUAUGCCAGGUGCAGCUACAGCAACACCCUCCACACCUGCAGCUGUGCCAGGUGUCCGAGUCAUCAGCCCUGUCAGGAAUUCUCCUGCGGAGUUCAAGACAAAGUCUCCACGGAGACCAGAUGCGAAAGUGGAGAGCGAUGAAGACUCAGAUUGCUGCUCUAUUUGCUUCGAGUCCUGGACCAACUCGGGGAACCAUCGCCUGGCCUCUCUCAAGUGUGGUCAUCUGUUUGGACAGAGUUGUAUAGAGAAGUGGCUGAAAGGACAGGGAGGGAAGUGUCCUCAGUGCAAUGCCAAGGCCAAGAAGGGGGAUAUCCGAGUCAUCUACGCCAAGACGGUGAAGAUGGUGGACACGACGGAGCGCGACCGCGCGGUUCGGGAGCUGGAGAGGGAGAAGCAGCUGAGGCGGAAGGUGGAGUUGGAAGCGGCGCAGACGCGGCUGCAGUACGAGCUGGCUCUGCAGGAGUGUAACAAGAUCAGGGCUCAGCUGGACAGGGAGAGGCAGAGAAACACACAGGCCAGCAGUGCUUCUGGUACGAACCUUUCCCAGCCAUCCUGUAGCCAGGCCAGCAGCAGUCAGCAAAGAAGUCUCUACAAAUUUGACAGCUCCAUACCUUUGAAGGGAGAGAGCCGACUGUUGGGUUAUGAUGCCCAACAUGGGACCCUCGUGGUGUCACAACCUUCCCCUAACCAGCUGUUCCCUGGCUUCGGAGUGAAAAAGAUUAGUGCCAUGGACCUGCGUAGCGUCCAGUACGUCUCAGUCCACAGUAAGGCCAUCAGGGAUAUCUGCUUCAGUGGGAGGGUGGACGGCCUGAUGCUGACCGCCUCUGUCGACAAAACUCUGAAGAUAACCAGCCUUAUGAGCAACACGGUGGUACAAACGUACCAGACCCCGUUCCCCGUGUGGGCGUGCUGCUGGAACCAGGAGGACAACAACUACGUGUACGCCGGGCUGCAGAACGGGAGCGUGCUCGUGUUCGAUCAGCGCGACACCACCAAGCACGUGGAGGAGCUGGCGCCCCCCAGGGCCAGGUGUCCCAUCGUCGCCAUGAGCUACGUACCCAGGGAUCCUGAAUCCUCUCUCAGGUGUGGGGGUCUGCUGCUAGGGACUCUGCAGGGGGGCUGCUUCUGGGAGAAAACUUCCACAGACUACAAACCUCACCCUUUACCCAUGGAAGGUAGCUGUACAAGUCUGAAGUUUGAACACACCACCCGACACUGCCUGGCUUCCUUCAGACCGGACAAAAACCACAACUCAACCAGACAUCUGCUGUGCGAGCUUGAGAGCCGAUUGGUUGGUGAGGAUGGGCGGAAUCAGUGCUCGUGUCACGUGGUGCAGACGUUCUACGGCGGCUCUACGCAGAAGUUGCUGACGCGGUCGGCACUGUUCCCCAGCCCCGGGGACCCCGGACAGAUCCUGGUGUGUGCGGGGGACGAGGCCACCACAUCUGCACAGCUGUGGAGUGCCAGCACAGCUGCCCUGCUGCAGAGAAUCCCUACAGACAGCCCUGUGCUGGACGUCUGUCCGUUCUCCAUCAACAACAAGCAUCAGCUGGGUGUGCUCACAGACAAGCUACUCAGGAUAUACUCAUGGACAUAACCAGUAAACACACAAGAGACUUUGCAACACUGCUAGGAUUCAGGAUAGUCCAUUGUGGAUUUUUCAAGCAACUUGGACAGUCCUGUAUUGCCAAGAAGAUAAACGUUUUGCCAACUUCCUACUCAAAUCACCACAGUAUGAAAGGAUGUAGUGAUCCAAUACUAUUCUUCCUGCAAUGUGGUCAGAGAUCUAACCAUGAUUUUUUGGGAAUCUAAGUGUGGCAAAGUCACAUUGCAAGGGGCCCAGUUGUGAACAUUGUAUGGGGGCCUCCUCUCUCUAAAAAGUUCUCUAAAAUGCAUAGCCCUCAGAAACACUAUUCCCAGCAUGUUGAAGGCCAAAUUUGAUGAAAUACCAAAGGUAAAGCCACCGUAUUUUAUCUUAAUUUAAAAGUUUGUAACAAAACAACAGAAAGGCUCUCAAUGCUGGUUGUAACAGUGUUUGGGUCCAAAUCACAGUGUAGGGGAUACACAUCACAGCAUAGGGAACACAAAUCACGGUGAUAUGGCGAGAACCCUGGCGGUCAUUGCUAGUGCCAUUAGGGCCAUGAAUACCCUCCCAUCCUUGGCCAUGGAAACUUUUAUGCCUAUGCCUUUCUGAUCCAAGCUUUUGACACAGAAGCUGUUAGUUGUUGGAUGGUCACGUCUUUUAAGUCGAUGUGUAUCAUGUCUCUGUUAAUUGUUUACUGGUGUCAUGUUUACAACAAUAUGUUCUUCUUUGUCAUUCUAUCAAGCUGAAACAUUCCAGCUGUUUUGUAUGCGGAAGACUAUGCAUAUGGCUUGACUAAAGGGCACGGCAAUGUUUUAAUCUUUGACUUGGGUACGAGAAAAUGUGGAACUAAUGUAGGCAUCUCCAACAGCUCUGGUGAGCCAACAUGAUUGUAGAUUUCAUUGCAUAUGGACCACUAUUUGCUGGCUAUGACUUGCCUUCUGAUGAAAAGAUCAUGCUGUUCUAAAUAACUAGUACUUCAGAGAUGUAUACUAUGUAAAGUUGUAUAUAUAUCUGCAACUGAAAACAUGUUCAUGCAGUUUUUAGCAUCUUGCUAGACAUGAAAGAUGAAUAGCUAGUACUUCAGGGUUGUAUGCUCUGUAAAGUGCAUACAUCUGCAAGAGAAAAUAUGAUGAUGCAGUUUUAUCAUACAUGGUCAACAAAACAUUAAAGAAAAAAGAUCACACUCUUGCGUAAGAUGAUUUAUGAACUUUUUAUACUUGAAAUAAAGCUCUAAGAU